CAAUCGUUGGAUGAUUUCAUUUCCUCUAAAUUCGGUAACGCCUCGAUGGCCUUACUAUAACACAGCGAGACAGUUUCGGACCUGUUUGGGUUUAUCAGUGCGAGAAUUGAUUGUGUGCAUUAUAGAUUGUAAUACUAAUUAUGUCCCGUCAGGCGGAAUUAGCUUGUUCCAUUGUUUCUAACGUUAUAAUAGGUUGAUAAUGUCGUGUUGCUACUAUUAAUAGCAAUAAAAUCAUUAUGAUUGAUUAACACUCCAUCACCAAGUGCUGAUGAUAGUUGAUUAUACAUGUUCGUACAUAAAAUUAUUACACCUCUCAACCUGAUUAUGCAAUUGCACUUAAAACACAUUACUUUGGGAAUUCCCAAAUAAAGCUGUUUUACCAUUUCUGCAUGGAUUAGCGAAAUUCCCAACGAGGCGCAUUUGCAUUAACGAGCAGCGUUGGGGUUAUUUUUGCCAGUUUGUCCGGAACCCGUUUUGUAUGCAGCAACAGCGAAUGAUAUCAAACUUCCCACCACAUCCAGUUCAGAGUUUUCACCAGAUUAGCUCACCGUUGUCACCUGUGAUUCCUUACACAAAUCUGGACUUUUGCCCCUGAGAGGGAUGCAUUCCUUGACGAGACGAGAUCCCCUAGGGGACUUCCCCAGUCGAUGGAGGAAGUGUAUGUGUGAGUGCAUCAGGGGCAAAAGACUUCGACGUGCGCAUAGAUCACAGUCACGGAAGCAGAAGCCAGCCCGGAAAGUCCACCCGAAGGCUAUGGCGGUCGGCUCCUGCUUGCGAUGCAAAAUGUGUACGAACUCGUUCAAUUCUUCUACUCCUUCAUCCACGGCAUUGGAUUCUUGGUGUACUGGCUAUUGGGGGGUAAUGUUGAAUUCCAAAUACGUCAACAUUUUUAUGUUUCCUUCCUUCUGUACUCUGUGCGUGUGUGUGCAAGGUCACGGUAAACAUCACGUGCUAGAACCCUAAGCUUCAAACAGCGUAGUGUAGUGUCCUAAACGACUUUAGCAUAGAACUGUAGUGAUGUUACAAACGCGGCAACCAGUGAGCAAUCGAAGGUGGUCAUGUCCGCUAGGAAUUGUGAUAGUAGCGAUCUGUUGGCUAGUCGCCAUUCCGGCCACUGUAGGGGCAGCAGCCCUAGUAGCAAAGGAAGUGCCCUAUAUUGUCGAUAACCGACAGCUAGAAGCACUUGAGCCUUCUUGUAAGAGUGAAAUUUACUGUCAUGGAGAUCUGCUGAAGACGGUGCAGAUGAGUGAAAUCUAUCCGGACUCGAAGACGUUCGUGGACAUGAAGAUGCGCCAGUCGCCGAACGAUACGCUCGACUCGUUCCACGAGUUCAUGACCGCCCAGAACAACAACCCGUCCAAGGAUAAGCUGCGGGAGUGGGUAGAGCUAAACUUUGACAAGCCGGGUGCCGAGUUCGAGGUUUGGACACCGGAAGAUUGGACCGCCAAGCCGAAAUUCCUCGCCAACAUCAAGGAUGCCGAUUUGCGCGAAUUUGCCUCCGAGCUCAACAAGAUUUGGCACGAGCUAGGUCGCAAAAUGACGACGGAUGUUGCGUUAAAUCCGGAUCUGUACUCUAUCAUACACGUUGACAAUCCGGUAAUCGUCCCUGGAGGACGAUUCCGGGAAUUCUACUACUGGGACUCGUACUGGAUCGUGAAGGGAUUGCUCCUGUCCGAGAUGUACACAACCACCAAGGGCAUGUUGGAGAACUUUCUGUCGAUUAUCCAGCGCUAUGGUUUUAUUCCGAAUGGUGGCCGCAUCUACUACAGUAUGCGCUCGCAGCCACCGCUACUGUGCGGUAUGUUUAAGGCGUACGUCGAAGCUACCAACGAUACGAAGUUUGCGAUGGACAGUGUGGAGAUUCUCGAACGUGAGUUCCAAUUCUUCAUGAACAACUACGUGACGGAGGUGAACAACCAUCAGCUUGCGACGUACGGCUACAAAUCCAGUGGACCCCGGCCGGAGUCUUACCGGGAGGAUGUGCUCAGUGCGGCCAUCUUCGAGCGGGAAGAGGACAAACAGGACUACUACUGUGAGCUGAAGGCAGCCGCCGAAAGUGGUAUGGAUUUCUCGAGCCGCUGGUUCAUUAAGGACGGUACGAACUCGGGCAAUCUAACCGAUCUCAAGUGUCGCUCAAUCGUGGCGGUCGAGCUGAAUGCAAUCCUCUACUGGAACGCACUAGUGAUCGCGGAGUUCUACGGAUACCGUAACGAUAUUAAUUCGAUCGCGAAAAAGGAAGAAUAUCUCGCCAAGGCGGACGAACUGAAGAAAGCGAUCAAUGCGGUACUGUGGGAUGAACAGGAAGGUGCCUGGUUCGAUUACGAUCUGAUCAACAAGAAGCUGCGCAAAUACUUCACACCAACGAAUCUGUCCCCGCUAUGGGUUGGAUGUUACGAUCGGACCGAUAAGAAUCUGCCGAAACGCAUACUGGACUACAUUGAUCGGUUGCAGCUGGAUCGCUAUCCGGGCGGUGUACCGAACACGCUGCAAAACACCAACGAGCAGUGGGACUUCCCGAACGUGUGGGCUCCGAUGCAGCACAUGCUCGUGAUGGGGCUGGAUUCGCUCGACAGCGCAGACGCGAAGGAACUUGCCUUCCGGUGGGCACAGCGUUGGGUACGGGGGAACUAUCUUACCUACAACAAGACGAAGGCCAUGUUUGAGAAGUACGAUGCACAAGAGCUCGGUGGACAUGGCGGUGGCGGUGAGUACGACGUUCAGACCGGAUUCGGCUGGACAAACGGUGCUGCAAUGGAUAUGAUGAACAAGUAUGGCGACAGACUGACGACAGUGGAUUCCGAAGUGAACCCGAAUGACAGCGGAAAUGGAAACGGUGCGCUGGUAGCAUACUCCAUCAAUACCGGUAUUAUUGCCACCAUCAUAGCAUUCUUCGUUGGCGUGUUUGGCAGCAUAUUCCGAAGGUUUUUCGGUCGAUGAACCUAUUAAACGACGUCAACUAAGAAGUGUAUGGUGUGGUCGUAUUUUUGAUAAAUAAAUGUUCUAUCGAUA